AUGCCCAAGGUAAAUACGAAUACCGGAAAUCCUGCCCCAUCCUCUGAAUUCGGAUCUUCCCCCGGCCGUUCAAAACGUCGUCAAUCGAUUUGCACUUCGCAGCUUCAAAAACAACCUUCUCCCGAUGAUCUCACCGCUUCAAAAAUCCUUGCCGGCAUCACCGCUGAAUCCAUACCGUUACCUGACACCCAGUUCAUCCGUCGCGUGCUAGAGAACUCACGUCGUGCAAAAUCAAAUAAAAAGAAUGAUCCUCCGCGCCCGCCCAAUGCUUUUUUUUUGUUUCGCAAUGCAUUACACACGCAUCUUUCUGCGCACAACCUAAAAGUUCCUCAGGUAUCCUCUGCGGCAGGUCGAUUGUGGGAUUGCGCGGAGGAGGAGACGAAAAGCCAGUACACCCGUCUGCAAGAGAUUGCAAAAUUUUUACAUCUGGAGAUGCAUCCUGGCUACGUUUACCGUCCGAGGAAAAGUAGCUUUCAUGCUCAACAAGAUAAAAAAGACGAAGAUCAGAUAGGUGCACAGGAAAAUUGUGUGGAAAGAAAUGUUGAAAGUGAGUUAGGUGUUAACGGGACGGCGGAUAAUAACAAUGAACGAAAAGGGCGAAGAAAUUCGAGAAAGGUUACAACCACCACGAGAAGUGUGUCUCAAUCGAAUGUCACGAAUCUUAACGUGAAUCAAGCAGCAUUACUUUCUUCGUCAUCUCCCUCCACGAAUUCUUCGAAUUCCUCGGUACCUUCCUCUCCUGAAAAAUCUUCACCUAUACAACAAAAGUUCAAUGUGUGCGACGAUGACACUGAUCUGCAUGCUGAUAAUUCCGUUGGUGGUUUCGGUUCGUGUGUUGAUAAUGCUGUCGAUAAUCUGGGCUCGCAUGUCAAUGAUAAUAUCGAUAAUUUUGGUUCGAGUGUCGGUGAAAUUGUUGAUAAUUCCUAUGAAGCUCAUGAAAAAAACAUGAAAUUUCGUGCGUCCCCACCAAUUGAAUUCGCUCAAAAGUCUCUUUCGCUGCAACCACAUCCUUCACAACUUUCUUACAAUAACAGACACGGGGACAACUAUGACGGCAACCACCAGUUCCAUCCCACAUCUCCCGUAACUACCUACAAACUACAACCUACAUCGCCUACUACUACUUUUGAUUUUUCAAAUCUUAAUUUGUCACCGCCGCAAUUUCAAUCUCAAUCGCACAUGCCUCUCACAUACUCUCUCGGUGGUAAUAAUGUUGGGUUCGAAUCCAAGGACAAUGGAAUCAGUGGUAACAGAAACACCUCAGUAGCAACGCACGUUAAAUCCACGAUGCGAAGAGGCAAGGUCGUGAAAAUUGGAAGCGAUUCAAAUGACAUGUAUGUGCGACCAAUGGUCCUCAAAGAUGAUCCUAACAUUUCGAUGCCACAAUCUUCCAACGAAUCCUCAAUAGCAUUUUCGACAUCAUUUUCUUCAUCAACGGCGUCCAUCUCUCAAUCCAUUCUUCCAUCGCCGGUAACUUUACCCCAAUCCGUUCAUUCGUCAUUCUUAAACCAUCAUCAUCAGAUCAUUACAUUUAAUCCAAAUCAAGCUGAUCUAUCGCAAUUGCAAGAACGUCAACCACACCCACCUAAUAAUAAUGGUUUCUCUUCACAAAAUUCGAUGAACAUGGAAACCAUCCAACCUUACUAUUAUUUUUAUCAACAGCAACCGCUACCGAAUCACCGAACACAACUCAUUGACCCUGCAUUAAUUAGCACUCCAGAUCUUGAGAAUUCAAAUGUUCCCGACUCCACAUAUGACCCCGUAAAUUCCGAGAUUGGUAACGAAAAAUCAUGUGAUUCCAAUAGCUUGGAUUUGCUGAAUGACAAUCGCAAUUCGUUACUUCUUACGAAACCCAUUAAUGGCAAAUCCGAUAAAAUCAAUGAAUACAACGGUCGUGUACGUGGAAAUGAAGUUCAGCAUGAUCGAUAUCAAAGUAAGACAAAAGAACAUUUCAAUGGGGAGACAAGUAUUUGUAGAGAUGGUGGAACGGGAGAUUAUGACGAUAAUUUACCAUCGGUGCCAAGAGAGGAAUGUCUAAAUGUAAAUGACGGGUAUUUGGCGACUGGUGGCACAACAAAUCGUGCAGGCGCCUACUUAAAUAUAAUGGAUUAUGCGCAGAAACAAACUUCUUCACAACAAUCCCAUCACCAACAACGGCAACUUCAUCAAGCACAACUACAGCACUAUCGUCAGCCUCUGCAUGAUGAACAAUAUAAUGAAUGGAUCAACUGGAGUGAAAAUUUUCAAUGA